AUGAAAUCGAGGCCUUUCUCCGCUGGUGUUAUUGAUUCUAAGAAAAGAGAAGUCGCAAGGGUACAAAAACUGACAGGAAAUUCACCGAAACGAAUCACUAGCUGUAAACAUGAAAAUCUAAUAGAAGAACUAAAAGAUACAAACGAACGAGUCAAGGCUCUAGAACUAUUGAAUGUCCAACUAACAGAUGACAAUAAAUUGCUUCGAAAAAAAUUAGAUCAAGUUGAUGAUGAAAAACAUAUUGUAGAUUUAAAAUUAGCAGAAUGUGAAAAAUUCAUUAGUAAAUUAUCAAGAGAGUACGAAAACAGAAAUUCGGAGGUUAAAACGUUAAAGGAAAAUGAAAAUAGAGUAAAGGCUGAGUUAAAUAAAGAACGAAAUGAAAGGAGAAAUUUAAUUACACAACAUGAAAAAGAUGUUAUUAUUAUUCAGGAUCUUCAAAGACAGGUUAAAGAAAUGGAAAUUAUUUUAAAACGCAAGCACCCAGAUUCAGUUUCUGCUUUGAUAGUAGCUUCAAAGUCAUCAGCAGUUGAAGAUAAUAAAAAGAAAUUGUUAGAAGAACGCAUCUCCCGGUUAGAACAAGAGUUGAAAGAUAAAGAAAAUCACUUUCAAAGCAUACUUAUAACGUUACAAGAAAAGUUCAGUGAUAUGAAACAGAAAUACGAAAGUCAUAUCAUUGACGUUGAAAGACAGCUUAUGGAAGACCGCAAAGUUCAUACGAAUCUUAAAAAUAAAGCCAAUAAGACAAAUUUAAAAGAUGCAGCUGUUCAAACUUUGACUGAAUUCCGACAUACUGUUGGAACUCAAACGUUUCUAAAACCAGACAGAGCUUCUUCAGCUGUAAGUCGAAUGUCGCAAAACUCUGCAUUGUUUUUAAACAAGUUAAAAGAAGACAGCUAUCUCAUUGCUACCAUAAAAGGAUUGCAAGCAGAGUUGACCUCGAAACAGCGCAUCAUCUCUAAAAUUAACAGAGAAACUGAAGAACUUAGAAAAAAUCUGCGAAAUUUACAAAAAGAGAAAGAAGUGUUACUGAACAUACACCCACAAAAGAAAACACCGUGCAAGCCGACUAAAUCUGUCGAAAAUAUAUUCUCUAAGGUGACAACAGAACUGGAAGCGGAACUUUCCGAAGUCAUAAAACAAAAAGAGACGCUGGUACAGGAAAAAGCAAGUUUGCUUGAUUCGCUGAAACGAACGAAUGAAGACUAUAUUUUAUUGAAGAAGAAGCGAAUACAAGACCUCCACACGUUGCAAUUGGCGCAUGAGAAGGAACUAAUGCAGAUGAAUAUGCAGCUGUAUCCAUUACAAGAGGAGAUCAAACUUUUGAAUCGUACGGUGGAGAUUUUACAAGAACGACUGCGAGCGGCGGAUGAAAAACUAUUAGAUUGUCGCUCUGCUGUAAAGGAUCCUGACGUUAGGGCUGGGGGUGACAAUCCAAGUUCUAAGAAUAUUCGUUGA